ACGUGAUGACAGCUGAACCAUCUCCAUGGCAACUGUGCUCCAUGCUGAUGUGGCCGAUGAAGAAUCUCAGCGUCUCAUCAGUUCGUGUUAGAGAACUUCCCUCAGAUGUUUUUCCACUCUUUAAAGGUUUUAAGGGGAAUCACCGUUGGGGAAACUUGUUUUUUAUGCCAAACGAAGAAUAAAAAUAAACCGUCACCUUUUCCACCGAGACGUCAUCAGUUACGCAUUCUCCCAAAUAAUUUGAAAAUUAAAUUAAUCCACAUGAUGUGAAAAAUGCGUGUAAAAUCUGUGGGUGACACUCGUGGAUUUGUCCUAGUGGUGUUGCCAUACCUAGCUGUCCAAGAUGGCGGACCCGUUCGCGCAUGCGCGACUCAGAUUUUGCGGUGACGACAACAAGGAGCAGGAUUUGCGGCGGAUUUUCAGAUUAGUGCCUCAGAAGGAGCAGCUGGCUGCGACUUUAACGCUUCACCUGGUCAGAUGCGACUCUAACUACCACUAACGUUACGAACUACCGACCACCGACUCCAACUGCUGCUGUAACUCUAACGUUAACUCAACCUUUAUGACGGUUGGACUGAAAACACAUCAGAUACAAAGCAGGAGAGACGCCGCGAGGAGACGCUCGACACGGUUUCCUUGGCAACGGUAGUGACAUCAUGUCCAUGUCGGAGGCGUGUGCAGAUGGAGGGAAGUGGCUGGACGCUCACUACGACCCGGUGGCGUGCCUGAACACCUUCUCAUCCUGCGUGGCACUGGCUGACCUGAGUGGGGACGGCGAGAGCCGGCUUGUGGUGGGAGACCUGGGCGGCCUGGCGGGCAUGAAGCUGAAGGUUUACCGUGGCACGGCGCUGCUGAGUGAGAGCACGCUGCUCGACCUGCCCGCCGGCCUCGUCGCCUUCUUCAUGGACCUGCACGAGCCGCGUAUCCCGGCCGUCGCUGUGGCGUCUGGACCCUGCGUCUACGUCUACAAGAACCUGCGGCCAUACUUCAAGUUCACCCUGCCAGGGUCAGAGGUCAACACGCUGGAGCAGGACGUGUGGCAACAGGUGAGGGAGGGGCAUAUCGACCCAGUGACCCUGAAGGAAAUGCUGGAGAGCAUCAGGAAGAAGGCUGAAGUCCCGCUGUCCGUCCGCUCACUCCGGUUCCUCGCUCUGGACGUCAAUGACACGGACGAGUUCGUCCAGCUGCACAAACAGCAGCCAAUCAGACGGCAGACAGUCAUCACCUGCAUCGGGACUCUGAAGAAGAGCACGGCGGACGAGGACGGCGUCAGCUGUCUUGUGAUCGGCACAGAGAGCAACGACGUUUACAUCCUCGACCCUGAAGCUUUCAUCAUCCUCUCCAAGAUGUCGCUGCCUGACGCCCCCACCAUGAUGGACGUGACGGGUCAGUUCGAUGUGGAGUUUCGCAUCACAGUGGCGUGUCGCAAUGGCAACAUCUACAUCCUGCGCAGGGAGUCGGACAAACCGAAGUACUGCAUCGAGCUGUCGUCUCACCCGGUGGGCCUGGUGAGAGUCGGGAAGAACGUGGUGGUGGGCUGCACCGACGAGAGCCUGCAGGGCUUCACCCAGAAGGGGAAGAAGCUGUGGUCGGUGGUCCUCCCGGCUCCUGUCACCACCAUGGCAUCCAUGGACCUGCCCACGAGGGGCUUCCAAGCGGUUCUGGUGGGUCUGGCCAACUGUGAGGUCCAUCUGUAUCGGGACAAAAACCUGCUGAGCACCAUCAAGACACCAGACGCUGUCAGCAGCAUCUGCUUUGGCCGGUACGGGCGUGAGGAUGGGACCCUCAUUAUGACCACCAAGGGGGGCGGCCUUAUGGUGAAGAUCCUGAAGAGGACAGCAGCAUUCGAGGACCGGGAUGGUGCCCCCGGCCCACCGCCAGCCCAGAGCAUCCGCCUCAACGUGCCCAAGAAGACCAAGCUGUAUGUGGACCAGACGCUGCGGGAGCGCGACUACGGCGUGGCCAUGCACCGCGCUUUCCAGAUGGACCUGAGCCGCCUGCGUCUGGCCGCUGCCAAGGCCUACGUGAAGGCCUUGGAGUCCAGCCUGACCCCUAUGUCCUCCAGCCUCACCGAGCCACUCAAAAUGAAUGCCGUGGUCCAGGGUCUGGGCCCGUCCUUCAAACUCACCCUGAACGUGCAGAACACAGCAGCGUGUCGGCCCGUCAUGAACCUGGCCAUCAGCUUCCUGUACGACGAGAGCCUGUACCGGAUGAGGAACCCCUACAUGAGGAUCCCACUGCUGGUGCCCGGACUUAUCUACCCCGUUGAGACCUUCGUGGAGUGCACCAGUGACAAGGGCAUCUCUGACAUCAUCAAGGUGUUCGUCCUGCACGAAGGCCGCAGCAUACCGCUGUUGACGGCUCACAUCAACAUGCCUGUCAGCGAGGGGGUCACACUCAACUGAGAGCGCCGGGGUUCAGACUCACAAAUGUCCCUUCAGCUGGACGUCAGGAGCAACAAACAUGUUCCUCAUUUAAAACGUCACGUUGUCAGUUUUAGGCAGUUUUAUUUAGACAAAGCUCUUGUGUUUCUGCUUGUGUUUAAACAACUGUUGCUUCUUUUGUUCAGUAAUAAAAAACAUGUUGAUAUUUCUUAAA